GAAUUAUCAAAAUGGAGAAAUAGAAAAGUAUUGAUUUCAUGAUUUAUAUUGCUUUGUAUUUACUGUUGAGUAUUUACUAUAUUGUGAUAUUAACUUUGUUAAAUAUUGUUGUUACGAUUCAAAAACCAAAUAAAGUGUUUAAGUACAAAUUUAAAAGUCUGAGUUAACAAAUAAGCCUUAAGUAAUUAUAAAGUUACAUGCUUUCGAAGUAAAGCAAAUUAUUAUAUUGUAUGUAUUCAACUUUCCAAUAAUACCUUUUUCUUCAUUAAUAAAAUACUUAUCUGAAACCUAUUAGGUUUUAUACGUUUUAUUUUACACCGAAGAUACCUAAUAUCUUUUCUUAUUGUCCAUCUCACCAUGAUACCUAGACAGUAUUAUACUGAGCGUGACUUACGAAAACGUCAAAUAGACGCACUAAAGGUUUUUAAUGAUAAUGUUACGGAGGUAAAAGAACAUGCUGAAUAUAAAGUGGAGUUUACGGCAAAUUCAAGGAACAUGGUUCUAAAUAUUGUUCUUAGUCCAGAAUUUCCAAAUGACAAACCUGCUAUUUUUGUUAAUCCAGUUUUUAACCAUCCAUGGUUAGGAGAGAACUCAAAUCAGGUUGUGGGUGCACCAGGACUUCUAAAUUAUACUGUUCAUUCUGACUUAGGCAGAGUAGUGCAAGCAAUAAUAAGAGAGUUCCAGCGCUCUGUCCCAAGUAUCGCCAAUGAAGAUAAGUCAACUGACACAAGUCCUCAGUCCCAUAUUAGUGCGAAUUCAUUGAUGUUUCCUGAACUAAGUGAAUUGAAUAUUGAAGAAUUACAGGAAAUAUUAGAAAAUCCAGACUUGCAGGACAAGUUAUUAGAAAACAAUCCACAACUAGCAGAAAUUGACCAGGAAACAGAAGAGUUGAUGAACAGUAUUGAGGAAAUUGCUCAAGACAAUCUCAAUAAGCAGCAAAUGCUUGAUGAUAUGAAAUCUAAGGUACUUGAAGGUAUAUCAACAAUAGUUCAAAUGAAGAUGAGUUAUGAAGAUCUGAACAAACGGUACCAAGAGUUAUGUGAGGGAUAUUCACCACACCGUAUCAGGGAUUGCUUGAAAGAUGCUGCAAUACGGGCCGAUGAAGACGCUGAAGCUAUAGCUGAGCAGUUUUUAUUAGGAAACGUAUCAGUGGAGACGUUUGUCUUGAAAUUUGCUGAGAAACGUGCCUUGGGCCAAGCGAGAAGGGCGCGAGAAGAAAGAUUGGCGCAUCAACUAGCUCAAUUGGAUCGAGCUACUACAUAAUUAUACAUUGUUCCAGGUUUGAUUCCGGUGUGUUUAAAGCAAUAAAAUUACUGCUCCAUGCAGUGAUCAGAUCAGAUGUAUGGACUGAUUCUCGAAUCAUAGGGCCCAACAAAGAUCUGAGUAUGUUCAUUGUGACAUAGGCCACCAUUUACAUUGUAUGAAUUUAUAAACAUACUAGCUGGCCUGGCGAACAUCGUAGCGCCUAACAGUCGAUUCUUUAUUUUUUUUAAUAAUUAUUCUGCUAUUCGGGACACCGGUCUAGCUAA